AUUUUGUAAACCCAACGAAGUACCCGCCGGAGACAAAUAUGAAGGGCACAGGCCGCCGCCGUCCAAAGGCGUCUUUCAAUCCUCCGCCACCCCCUACUCCCCAAUUCCGCCGCGAUUCCGAUGUCAGCUUUGCCAGUAGCCGCCCUUCUUCCAUCGGAAUGUCUCGUCCCCCCUCCGCCUCCAUCGACAUGUACAAAGAACGAGCCGUUCAAAUUUCCACUGUCAACACCAUCAAUUCCUCUCUCAAGGAGCUCUUUUCUCACUCCUUUAACGUAACAUUCAAACCCUUCUCUCCCCCUUCCCUCAAAGAUCUCACUGAAACUAUUAAUCUGCUUCUUCAAUGUCUCGAUUAUCCUCCCACUAAGCUUGAGGAUGAUCUCCCCAUCCUUCUCAAAUCCCUUGGGUAUCCCUUCAAAAUUAACAAGAAUAUCCUCAAGACCCCUCCUGCUCCUCACCAGUGGUACCAAAUUCUUGCACUACUUCACUGGCUUGUUCAGGUUGCUCUUUAUAACUAUAACCUAGCAAAUGAUUCGAAUCCCGUUUUUAUGGGUCACGAUGUGAAUAUAUAUGUGCUGAAUAGCUAUUUGCAUUAUAUGCGCGGGGAUGACGAUUCGGUGGAGGCUUUAGAUCAGGAGUUUAUGGAGAGGUUGAAGAAAACGAGGGAUGAUUCAUGUGAAAGCUUGAAGGAACUGGAGGAGGAAGUUAAGGUGCUCGAAGCCAAGGUCGAGGCCUUGCGGUCAGAUCCCUCGCAGAGGGAGGUUCUUGAGAAGCAGCAGAGUUUGCUUGAAGAGGAUGUGAAGAAGUUCCAUACCAUGAUCGCGGGCUACAGUGAGAAGAUGCAGGAAAUGAAGAAACUCUUGGAGGAAAAGGAAAAGGAGUUGGAAGUUAAAAUGGAGGAGAGAAAUAAGAUUUGUGAAGAGAAUGAAGAGCUGAAGAAGAGGGUGGAGUCUCAAUUGUUUAAUCCUAGAGAUGUGGAAAGGAUGAGAAGAGAAUUGCAGGCUGUUGAGAGGGACAUCGGUGAUGCCGAAGUCUCGAGGAACUCGUGGGAGGAGAAGUCAUGGGAUCUUGAUGCAACUCUAGGAAAUAAAUUUAAGGAGCUUGAGGCCAUUGCAAUGGAAUGUAACCAGGCGAUGAGAAGAUUAAAGCUCGAUAGUUGUCAUCAGUAUGUUCUGAAUGCAAAGGGGUCGACACCAGCUGAUGUGAUGGGGAUUGACUAUAAGUCAACCGUUAAGCCUGCACUUGAUUCCUUUGCGGAGGACAUAAGGAGAAGUUCUAUGAUGAAGUUGGAAGAGUUGAUUUCUCUCAGGCAGCAAUCAAGUGAAAAUACUGCUAAAAUUGACUCUAAACGCAAUCAGAUCGCUUCUCUUCAAUCCCAUAUUAAUGAACAUGAAACAAAACUAAUCUCCUUAAAAGAUGAAAUGCGAGAUUAUAUUUUAAGAUGCUCCACGGAAUCUAAGAAGAUGGUGGAGGAUUUUCAACAAGAAGCUCAUAACUUAGAUCUUGUGGAAGGAGAAGCAGAAGAGAGUUUGAAGAAUGCCAAACUGGCGAAUCAGGAAGCAACAAAGCAAGAAGAAGAAGAAAUUCAUAUGUGUGCUCGUGAACUACUUUCAUGUCUCGACUCUGUCUCACAAUAUAAAGCAGUUGUUAGCUGCAAAAUUUCAGAUAUGGAAAGCUGCCUCUCAAAGGCUGCUGCCGGUAUCUCUGAGGCUUUCAAGAAUUCUAUGCCGGUAGAAUAAGAUUGGUCCUUGGUGAUAUUCCAUAUUCUAUUUUAGGCUUCGACAUCAAAGAUCUUUUGUAAUUACUCUUCUAACAAUAACUUUCUUAGUUGGCCUCCUUUUUUGUAUGCCUUGUAUUUCUUCCUUCUUUCUCAAUGAAGCGCUUGUUUAUAUAAAAAAAGAAUAUAUUGGAUUUGAGAUUUGCUUUUUUUCUUUGC